AUGGAUCUCGAGUUCGACGAAAAUGGAUUUUAUAUCCUGCUUUCAGAUCGUGGGGAUAGUUGGCGAUUCCACUGGGGUCUCUACCUUGCCAAAACAAAAACAUCUGGCAUCGUAUACCAUCUCGUCAAUGACACGCCCUCGACUGACUGGCGAUUAGAAGUCAAAGAGAGCAGCAAUGUGCUUCAGUCCAAUAAACUCCUUGGUGCCCUGAAGAUCGGAAUCAUUGAGCCGAUGUUGCAUGAGAUGCUAGGGCAAUGCCUCAUGGAGAUCCCUAUCGAGUAUUCCACCCGCUUUAAGGAGAACAUCACCUGUCGAGUUUGGCUUAAGGAGGCCGUCCAUGAGCUCAACGAAAGGGGCCUACUGAAUAUCCAUGAAUCUGUCGAUUCGAUAGAGUUUGAAGCGAAUAGCAUAGCUUUGUCUAGCAAGGCCACAAAGAAAAAGUCCGUCCAAUUAUCCAUGGGAACUUGUCCGUGA